AUGGAUCAAUUGUCCUUAUGGAAUAGCAAGAAUGAAUGUAUUGCUCCUCUAAGCGAGAGCCAAAUCGAUAGUAUUCACCAGUUGGCUUUGCUAUCCAGACAUUUACCUAUGCCAUCUGAUGUUACUCAGGUAGCGGAAAUCAAGGAUGAAAAAGAUCAAGCAAAGUCGAUCAGUUCUAUACCCGCUUCUCCACGAUCGCCUAAUAUGCCAGAAUCGUUUGAAAAUCAUGGCAUGAAACAACCUGUCGAAACAGCACAACAGUUCUUUUCUUGGUUCGCAGAUGUUGAAUUACAGAUGGAAAGUGAACAGGAACAAGAAUAUAGAGCAUACAGCGAUCAACUUGAUCAAUAUUACCAGCUGUGUACGAGCAUCGAAGAACAGAUUGAUAAUGCUUUAUAUCACUUGGAAGAAUUAAAAGAUCAGCAUGUUACGGUUUCCACUAAAGCGAAUACAUUGCACGCUGCUUGUGAAAAAUUACUAGCAGAGCAAACAAAGCUGAUGACUGUUGCUGAAAGUAUAAAUAACAAAUUAUCCUACUUUAACGAAUUGGAAAAAUUAAGUCGGAAAUUAAGUUUACCAACACUCUCGGUUACAUCUGAGGCGUUUGCUAAUAUCCUUGCAAGACUUGAUGAAUGUCUUAGUUUCCUACAGUUAAAUCCAAGCUAUAAGGAAUCACAGAUUUAUACUCUGCGAUUUCGUCAAUGCUUACUCAGGUCAUUAAAUAUGAUAAAGCAUUAUGUAGUGUCUAGGUUCAAAAAUACCACACAGAUAAUUCUCAAACAGGUACUGUGUACUCUAGUUUCAAUUUUAGUGCAACCUAUAAGCGUAUUUAUAGACCAUGAUCUAGUGUAUCUUAUAUGCGAGUAUACUAAUCGAGUAAUACCUCCGGAAAGAGUAUUUACUGAAUAUUACAAUAACUUUCGUACGAGCUCAGCGAAAGUGAAGGUUGUUACUGAACUAGUGGAACAACGGGCAAAUAAAAGCAAAGAGUAUUUUGCGCUAUUGCAAGACUGCCGCCAGUGUUAUACAACUCAACGAAUUGCAAUUAUGACAGGCUAUAUUCAAAGAUGGAUUCAAACUAUUCUACAAGAGCAUCUUCGCGAUCAUUGUGCCCAGGUUCGAGCAGGCUGCAAAUUUAUGCUGCAUGUCUGCCACGAUGAAUACGAGUUAUAUUUUAAUUUCUAUGGUAUGGGAAGCGAUGAAAUUAGUCAGCUUUUAGAAUACUUUUCGAAUUGCUUAUACACAUCCUUGCGACCUGUUAUUAUCAAAAUAAAUCACUUGGAAACCCUCGCAGAACUUUGUUCAAUCUUAAAGACUGAAUUAUUGGAAGAUCAAAUCAUUCCUAAAGGUGACGAGCUAGCAGCGUUCGGUUUAAUUGUUUCUAAUAUGCUCGAAGAUGUACAAGAGAGGCUUGUAUAUCGAGCACAGGCAUAUAUUCAAAACGAUAUUGAUAGAUAUAAUCCAGCACCAGGAGAUUUAGCUUAUCCUGACAAAUUGCAAAUGAUUCAUGACAUGGAACAAAAGCAAACGCCUGAAGAUAAAGAAGGAUUAGAUGAUAGCUUUACUGAUCCUGAAAUGACUUCUAUACCGCUUGGAUCUUCAACCCCAAUGAACCGACCAAUGCAACCGCUACCAGUAGUUCCAACCGCAGAUUCAUAUGCUAUGUGGUAUCCAACUGUGCGUCGCACAUUGCUAUGCUUGUCAAAAUUAUACAGAUGUGUUGAUAAAUAUAUCUUUGAAGGACUAUCCCAGGAAGCUAUUUCUGUCUGCAUCCGAUCUUUAAUCAAAGCUAGUCAAAUGAUUAUAAGCAAAAAGAGUAAAACCGAUGGCUACCUAUUUAUUAUUAAACAUAUAUUAAUAUUACGAGAACAAAUAGCCCCAUUUGAAGUCGAAUUUGCCGUGAAAGAAACUUCACUUGACUUUAGCCAUAUUAAAGAUGUUGCGUACGAUUUGUACUUGAAGGGUCGCAAAGGUUUGACGUUGGAUAGUAAUAACACUGUUCUAAAGUUACUACUGGAUGGUAUUCCGCAUGUCACUGAAAGUUACGUCGAUUCUAAAGAAAAUGUGAAUAAGAAUUUAAAGGAAUAUUGUCAACUAUUUAUAAAUCAUGUCACAGAUCUGUUUGUAGCUCCUAUUAAAGCAUUUAUGGAUAGGGUAAAAGUGAUUUUGUCAAUGGACAAGAACAACUCUAAAAAUAAUAAGGUUUUUCUGGCAAAACAACCUUUCGCGCAACCUGGCAACAAAAAAGUUCGUGAAGUUAUUAAUGAAACGUAUACAGGUAUAAAAAGAAAGGUUACCGGCAUUUUAAUGAGUAUGUCUAUUUAUUUGUCCAACAAAGAUACCGAAUACAUUCUAUUUAAGCCAAUUAAGGCGAAUGUAUUACAAACUUUUAAGAAGGCAUCAGAACUGAUUUCCUCAAAUUAUUCUGAUGAAGACCAACAAAUUAUAGGCUGUCCAUCUCAAGAUCAGGUAAUUACAUCGUUAGAUGUUAUAUAUAUUAAAGACUUUAUCACAAAAUUCUUCCAUGAGGAUGUCUUGAAUGUCUUUUACAGUCAACACAACUGUUAUAGUUAUGCAUUUCUUAUUUUGUUUACUUACUAA